AUGUCCGAAUUCACAUUGGUGUAUGUUCCCCAAAGAGCAGUAAAAGGACAAGUGUUGGCAGACUUCUUGGCCGAUCACCCUGGUAUUACCCUCAAGGAAGAAACAGUCACGUUCUUCGACAUCGUCGUGUGGAAGAUGUGGUUCGACGGAUCCAGGACAAGCCAGGGGGCAGGCGCAGGAGUACACAUCGUCACGCCCUUGGGGGCAUCCUACCAGUUAUCAUUCAGACUCCAGUUCGAAUGCACCAACAAUCAGGCAGAAUAUGAGGCCCUCAUAUUCGGUUUCGAGAUUUUAGCCGAGCUAGGGGCAAGGGCGAUCAGUGUAAAAGGAGAUUAUUUGCUAGUCAUUAAACAAGUGACAGGAGAAUUCAAAUGCGAGUCUGAGCUGUUGGUAAGGUAUUGCAACAAGGCGAAACACUUGAUCGAAGGCUUUCAGGAUACGAGGAUAGAAUACACAGAGAGGGCUGAUAACAGCGUUGCAAACGACCUAGCUCAGCACGGUAGUGGUUACAAGGUGAACCGAGAGUUCGACGCUAUAGAGAGGGAAACGCCGAAUCUCCACACCGAGGGCAUCACGAUCGAUGAAAGACAAUUCUCGGUUUACCAGCUGGACGUCACCCAAGAUUGGAGGGUCGAGCUCCUGAAAUGGUUUGAAAAGCCAGAUCUCACGGAUAGGAGGUUGAGAACGUUGGCCCUGAAUUACGUUGUGUUAGCCGGCGAACUAUAUAAGAAAGGCUUUGAAGGGCUACUCUUCAGGUGCAUCGAUCCAAAAGAAAACAUGCUUGCAAUGGCCGAGGUACACGAAGGAAUAGCAGGUGCUCAUCAGGCGGGUCCCAGAAUGAGGUGGUUGAACCACAAAUACGGUUUUUACUGGCCGAAAAUGGAGCAGGACUGCGUAAGAUAUGCCAAAGGUUGUGAAGCUUGUCAAAAAUUCGGCCCAAUACAACACGUCCCGGCCGAAGACCUGCAUUCCAUUAUCAAGCCGUGGCCAUUCAGAAGAUGGGCAGUUGACCUGAUAGGGAAGAUAUACCCUGGCUCGUCAGACGGUCAUACUUUUGUGAUUAUCGCCACAUGCUAUUUUACCAAAUGGGUCGAAGCCAAACCUUUGAAGUCGCCGACACAAGAAGCGGUGAUCAAGUUCUUCAAAGAAUACAUCGUCCACCGACACGGGUUGCCCGAGUCCAUAACCAUAGAUCAAGGGACGAUGUUCACAGGAGGCGACAUAAGUUGGUGGGCCUCCCAAAUGAAGAUAAAAAUGUCACAUUCAACAUUGUACUACGCCCAAGCCAACGGACAAGCCGAAGCCACAAACAAAGCAAUCAAGCUCAUAGUUCAAAAGAUGAUUGAAGAAAACCCGAGACAAUGGCAUGUGUUUUUAUCAGAAGCCGUUUGGGCGAAUAAAACCAGUCAGAAGUCGGCUACUGGGACCUCACCUUUCAGACUGGUAUAUGGCUAUGAUGCGAUGUUGCCAAUGGAGCUAACUGUCACAUCUACUCGCCGCAGAUACCAGAGCGAAUUGUCCAAAGACGACUACUUCGACAAGAUGGUGAUUGAUUCUCUUGACCUUGACGAAGAACGUUUAACGGCGUUAGAUCACCUCGAAGCCUAG